UGUUCAAAGGACAAAGUUCCCCCUCGUGCAUCAACAGCAGCUUUCUGCACCGAGCUGCAGAGCAAACGCGUUCCUGUUGGGAGAGAGAGAGGGAACAAAGAUCAUCUCCCUCAGACUCAGAGGACAUGGCUGAGGAGAAGAAGAAGAAGAAGAAAGCCAUUUUGUUUAACUUGUGGGGAGUUGCGGUCUCUUCCAGACCUCGUGCAGUUUUCCAUAAACUUGAGGAGCUACACAAGCUGCCAGGUGGUUUUCUGUCCAGCGUGGCGUCCCAGAAGGACGGUGCCAUGAGGCGGGCGGAGAGAGGCGAGAUAACGCUGUCUCAGAUGAUCCCGGCGUUCGAGGCGGAGGUUGUGAAGGAGGCAAAGGUCAAGGGUGUGACCCUGCCGUCUGAUUGGUCGGUCAGAGCCCUGCUGCAGGAACUCAGAGACGCGAUGACGGACGUCCAACGAGCCGUGCUGAAGACGGCUGCCCGUCUGCGUCACAGUGGCUUACUGACAGCCGUGCUGGCCAAUCACUGGCUAGAUGACAGCGCCGCCGGAGACGAUCCCGCCCGCCUUCUCUCGCUGCUGGGCGGCCAUUUUGACCUGGUCCUCCAGUCGUGUCGCUCGGGUCACAGGGUCCCCGAGCCCGCCAUGUUCGUCUCCGCUCUGCAGCACCUGGGAGUGACAUCACAACAGGCGCUGUGGUUGGAUGCAGACGAGGAAGGCGUGAAGGCAGCAGAGGCAGCGGGGAUGACGGCCAUCUUGGUGGAAAACCUGUACGACGCUCUGAACAAGCUGGCUGGCUUUACUGGGGUUCAGGCUAUUGGAGCAGACGGUCCUCCGCCAUCCUGCAGCCCCGCUGAAGUGUCUCACGGAUACGUCACCAUCAGGCCUGGCGUGAGGACUCAUUUUGUUGAGAUGGGCUCAGGUCCACCAGUGCUGCUGUGUCACGGCUUCCCUGAGAGCUGGUACUCCUGGAGAUACCAGAUCCCGGCCGUGGCAGCAGCUGGUUUCAGGGUGCUGGCUCUGGACAUGAAGGGGUACGGAGAGUCCACAGCGCCACCAGACGUAGAAGAAUAUUCUCAGGAGAGGCUUUGCGAGGAUUUAAUCACAUUUAUGGACAAAAUGGGCGUAGCAGAGGCCGAACUUGAGAAAGACUUGGAGCGAACGUUCAAGAUUUUCUUUUUCAGCAGUGCUGAAGUGGGGACGCGUCCUGCCAUCAGCACUGCAGGCGUCUGUGCUCGAGGUGGUCUGUUUGUGGGUCUGCCGGACCAGAUUCCCCGGGGCCGCAUGCUGACGGAGGCAGACCUGCAGUACUACGUCAGCCAGUACAAAGAGCGAGGCUUCAGGAGACCGUUGAACUGGUAUCGAAACGGAGAGGCGAACUGGAGGUGGAUGUGUUCUCGUCCCACUGGAAAGCUGCUGAUGCCUGCUCUGAUGGUGACGGCAGGUAAAGACCAGGUUCUGCUGCCGGCCUUCUCCGAGGGGAUGGAGGACUUGAUCCCGAACCUGAGCAGAGGACACAUUGAGGACUGUGGACACUGGACCCAGAUGGACAGGCCGGCGGAGACAAACAGCAUCCUGGUAUCGUGGCUCAGAGACACGCUGAAGGCGGCUGGAGGCGGUUCUCUGUCACCAAAACUGUGAAAGAGGGAUGAAAAAGUCAGAAAAAAAUGACCAAGGAGCUUAAAAUGAGCAGAAU